GGAGACCCGCCCGCUGAUAAGCGCUGAUAACGCUGGCUACACAGUGUCACUUGCUCACUUCCAUUCCGCACAACCCCAACAUCCCCUCGACCCCUUGCUAACCACUCUUCACCGUGAGUCCAAAUUGCAUCAAUUCCAUUCAAAUUAUACUAAUUAUAAAAUUAUCCAGUAAAUCUACCACCAUGUCCACCCCCGAAGUCACCAUCGACAACGUCGCCCAGAUCCUCCAGAAUGACACACGGGUCAAGGUAGCCGGCGUUGAUGUUGAUGGCCAACUCCGCGGCAAGCUCGUCUCCAAGAAGAAAUUCCUCUCCAUCAUCUCCGAAGGCUUCGGUUUCUGCUCUGUCGUGUUUGGCUGGGACAUGCACGAUCGCACAUACUUCAAGGAGCUGUCCAUCAGUAACAAGGAGAACGGGUACCGGGAUAUCGUCGCAAUUCCGGAUUUGAGUAGUUUUCGCAGAAUCCCCUGGGAGAAGGAUGUGCCUUUCUUCCUGGUUAGCUUUUUUGAUCCCGAAACUAGGGAGCCGGUUUGUGCUUGUCCGCGUGGGUUGCUGAAGACGGCUGCUGGCAAGGCCGAGGCGGCGGGGUAUCGUGCUAUGGCGGGUGCGGAAUAUGAAUUCUAUCAAUUCCGUGCACCAGGAAACCAUGCAACCCCUGAACAGGGCGCUUCGUCGACCGCCAAAUUUCUCAAGGAGAACCCCGUCGAGGCCCUGCCCCCUUUGACCGAGGGGAUGUUCGCAUACAGCUUGACUCGCCCCGUUCACAACCAGGACUACUAUUAUGGUGUGUUUGACGCCUGUGAGCAAUUCAAUUGCGAUAUUGAAGGAUGGCACACUGAAAGCGGACCUGGUGUUUUCGAGGCUGCAUUGCAAUUUGGCGAAGCAAAGGAGAUGGCAGAUAAAGCUGGACUUUUCAAAUAUGUCGUUAAAUCCGUUGGCACCAAACAUGGCAUUACACCCGCCUUCAUGGCAAAACCGCGCGAAGGCCUCCCCGGUAACAGUGGCCACAUGCACAUUUCGCUGGUCGACAAAGAUGGACAGAAUGCCUUUUAUCGCAGCACACCGGACCCUGACUCUCCCUACCCCGACGUCGAGAAUGUCUCCGACCUUGGCAGACAUUUCCUGGCAGGCAUAUUGACAGGUCUCCCGGAUAUCAUGCCUCUGUUUGCACCAACUAUCAAUUCCUACAAACGUCUGGUGGAGAACUUCUGGGCCCCCGUUACGGUAUCCUGGGGUCUAGAGCAUCGGGCCGCUUCCGUUCGGGUGAUUGCACCCCCGACGGCUAGCCCGAAGGCUACUCGGUUUGAAGUGCGCGUACCUGGCGCAGAUGCUAACCCGCACUUUGUACUCGCGGCUGUUAUGGCAUUAGGAUGGCGGGGAGUUGAGAAGAAGCUUGAGAUCCCCGUUCCACCGCUAUCUAAAGGUGAGGAUAUGGGCGGUGCGAGCGACAAGGGUGCGCGACUGGCCAAGUCGCUCAAGGAAGCCACCGCAACCUUUACCCGUAAGGACAGUCUGGCGCGUGAGGUCUUUGGAGAUGCCUUUGUCGACCACUUUGGAGGAACACGGGAGCACGAAGUUCGCUUGUGGGAGGAAGCCGUGACUGAUUGGGAGGUGAGACGGUAUAUCGAAACGGUCUAGGGCCUUGCGGGGUAUUCUUAUGCUUUUAUGACUCAGAUAGAGAAUGUAUAUAUCACGAUCAGCUCGCAUUGAGCAUUUUUAUGAAUCAAGACUGGCCGUCUGGCCAGGCUGUUAUUAGCUUCUGUGGCAGCUUACAUGACAAGAUCGUCUUCUCAUGAUAUGAGAUGCGAACGGGAGCUUUAUCUGUUUUCCGAUAAGCUUAGCU